GGGACAUUUAAGCAGGGAUGGAGUGGAGUCAAGCCCCCCCCCCGUCCCCUCCCCCAUUCGUGCUGCAGCGGAGUUCAGGGGCUGCCCUGCGGACCCCGCCAUGCCUGUGGGGGGGGAGAGGACAAGGCUGCCCCCCCCCGGGGUGAGUUGCCCGCAGCAGUGCGGCAUUGGGGGGGUCCCUGUAGCCGCAGCCCCCCCUCGCUUUCAAGGACAUUUUGGGGACAAAGGGACGAAGCGUCUGAGCCACUUACCCGGCUCCCCGCCCGGCGAGCCCGAGGGCACGGCGCCAUCGCCCUCCGCCGCCCCGCGCCUCCCCGCCGGGUGCGAGGGGGAGACACCGGGGCCGCGCCCGCGAGCCGAGCUGCAGCUGCCUCCCCGGCCAUCUUGCGCCGUGUGUGAGGGAGACUCUCGCCCGUCUCUUCUCGACUCUUUCCUCCCCUCCCUUCCCCCUCCCCCCCGCGCAACAUGGCGGCCCGCUCGCUCCUCACUGCGGCGGGGCCCCCAACCGUCACCUCCCCCCCUCCCGUCCUACCCACCCACUCCCCUUCUGCGCAUGCGUCCGCGGCUGCUCCCCAUUGGCCGCGCGGCUCCCUCCCCUACGGGGCCGCAGCGCGCCGCGCCGCCAUUGGCCCGCGCGGCUCCCUCCUUCGAGCCAGCGGCGGCUUCCUAUUGGCCGCACUCCUCCCCCGCCCCCUCCCCUCGGCUUCAACGGUCGCCGCGCGGCGAGCUCAACCCGGCGCUUCUGAUUGGGUGCGCUCCCCGCUCGCGGCCCCUCCCCCCGCGCUUCCCUGCCUUGAGGCCACCUCAGCACCACAGGAGCCCCGGGGGCUGGGCUCCCCUCAGCGCUCCCUGGGCCUCGCCACCGCCCCCUGGCACUGUGGUGCACCUCAUGUCACCUCUGCCUCAUGUAGCCCCCUGGCCUGGGCUCCCGUCAGCGCCACCUCCGCCAUCACAGAAACCCCCUGGGCCUAGACUCUUCUCAGUGCCUCACCUUAACGCGAGAGAAAGCCCCCCGGGGCCUUGCCAAUGCCCCGCGACACCGCGGUGCGCCUCAUGUCACCUCCGCCAUCACAGAAACGCCCUCACGCGCCUGCUCGACUUGCCGCAAGAAUCACCUCACGCCUGCUCAGCCACCGCCAGCUUCACCCCCGUAAUUCAAACCUCCGGCACGGAAAACACCAUCUGAGCCAGGCUUGGCCCUCUACAUAGGAACCAAGCGGACCUCUUAUUUUGGAAAAUGCCCGAAGUCUUCUCUUUUCUAGGCCAGGUGGUCCCGUAUCUGUCGGCCUUUCUUCAUCUGGCUUGCUCUUCAGGGCUCUGGUCGUACGAGUGGCUCUUCUCCGGACUCUCUGGAGGCUCUCCACGUCCUUCUUGAAGUGCGACGUCCACAACUGGAUGCCGUACUCCGGUGGCGGCCUCGCCGAUGCCAGGUAGAGCGGGAGAAUACAGGCCGUCCUCGAACUUACGACACAAUCGGUUCCUGAAAACCACGUCUUAAGUCGAAACAUUGUAACUCGGAACCAAUUUUCUCAUAAGACAAUGUUAUAAAUGGGGGAUUGGUUCCUGAACCAAGGCCCGAUACCCUGUUUUCACCAGAAAUACCCCAGAAUUUUGUACUGGAUCAAUUAUAGAUGAGUAAUAUAGCUACAUUAAUAUAUUUAUAUUGUAAAUAGCAAUCAUUGAUUUGGAAGGACUUUCUUCAGGUGACUUUGCUGGACUUUUUGAAGGGCUCUUGGUUAGACUUUUUGAAGGGCUCUUGGCUGGAGUCUUCUCAGGAGUCCUGGCUGCAGGUUUUUCUGGCGUCCUGUCUGCUUUCCUAAAGAAAGUGUCCAAGGAAGUUUGGACAGAUGUUCUCCAGGGAGACGAGUGACACAGCAACUUGCUCGCUGGCGUGGCGUCGCAUUGGAUCAAACAUUUUAAGUCGAAACUGGCAAUGUAAAGUUGAAACAAGGAGUCAAUUUAUAAAUGUUGUAAGUGUGAAAUGUUGUAACUCAAAAUGUAGUAAGUCAAGGACUGCCUGUAACUUCCUGCAGCUUAUAAAUAUAUAUAUCAGGGGAGAGCAUCAGGGGCAAGGCAAACAACUGCUCACCAAUACCCCCCAGGGGAAAACCGGGAGCAACAGUCAUACCUUUCUAGAACAAAGUUUCAGGCUGAAUAGAAGGAAAAACUUCACAGUUUGUGUGAGCAGACUCCCAGCGGGAGUGGUGCAAGCACCUACCACGGAGAUGUUCAAAAGGAGACUGGAAGCCCACCUUGCUGGGGUCAUGGGUGACACAUGGGGGUGCAUGCAGGUGCUCGUGCACCCCCUGUGAUUGGCAGUGUACCCCCUACAAAAAGCGCUGCUGAUGGCACCUGCAGGCAGUCUCUGCUCGCCACCCCCUCCCUCCCUGCCAACACCACCAGCGGCGUUUGCAGGUGGUCACCAACUGCUGGUCGGUGCUUGCCGCUGCUAACGCCACUAUGGCUGCUUGCAGGAGCUCUCCGCUCUGCCUGCCCCUGCCAUGGACAGCAUUGUGGCUACCUGUGGGAGCUCUCUGCUUGCCGCUGGCACGUCCCUGCUGCCGACACCACCGCUUGUGGGCAGUCACCGUGCCCCCCCAGACUUUGUGGCAUGCAUCGUUCAUGGCUGGGGUUAUCGGAUCCCAGCAGUCUUUCCUGCCCAGAGCAAGGAGGCUGGACCCAAUGAUCUCACGAGGUCCCUUCUAGCCCUAAACUUCUGUGAAUCUAUGACCUUUACCUCAGUCUGACCUCGGCAUCGCCCAACUGUGCCAUACAAACCACUUCAUACACCAGCAAGACCUGGGCAUCAUUCCCUACUUUGGAUAAUGAUAACGAAAGCACUUCACAUGUCUGUCUGAUCUGGGCAUCAGCCUUAUUGGCCUUUCCUUACAGAUAGCUGUCACAACCCAAAGUUGUGAUUUUUUGUUUGUGUGUGUGCGCUUCGGCACUGCUAAAUUAUUUCCCGCCAUUUUUGUCGCUUUCUUUGCACGGUAGAGCUCUCUGCUGCUAGAGAACUCUGGCGCAACGGGGGAUUUCCCGCCGAAUUGCAGCUUCUUUGCAGGGUGCAUCUCUUUCUUGCACCGUAGUGAUACACGUUGCAAAGAAGUUCCCGCCAUUUGUAUUAGGAUCCGCCCCAUGUUAUUGGCCGAUUCCUAAUUUAGGCACACGUGGCGGCUAGCGAUUGGCUUGCUAGCCGUACAAAAGGCUUGAGUAGUUUCCGCCCAAGCCGGAGGAGGGAGGAAGAGAGAGAGAUUCUGUGUGAAGAUCUCCAAGCGCUGUGGACCCUCGCAGACCCGGCGCGCCUCCCCUAAGCAGGCAAGAGCUUUCGCUUCUCGCCUCUCCCCAUCGCCGAGCACAAUCCUAGACGUAUCCCUUUCCUGUAACUUCGGACCCUGUGGAGCCUAGCAAACUCCGGGGAAAACUUAUCGGACCCGCGGAGCCUGAAUAACUCCAGGGAAACUUUUCGAAUACAACUUAACCGGACCUGCGGAGCCUAGCAAACUCCGUGGGAGUAAUCGAUUUGUCAGAGUCCUCCAAUGAGGGUCCAAGCGGGAGCUGUGCCUGGAAACUUGUCCAGCCUACACCAAUACCAUCUUUGGGUCGUUCGUGGACAAUCCCAGAUUUUGCAAUUUCAGAUGGAAGCAGAUGGAAUUUCCCAGGAAGAGGAAGAGGAAAGGGAACGUGAAUGCCCUCCAUGGUGAAAAAUAGAUACAACAUACUCUAUUUAAGGGUAUAACCUCGAGCUAUACAUUUGCCCAAAGUUUGCACAUUUCCAAACUUAGUGUAAGCAAAGCUCAUUAAGUACACAGUGGGCACAUCUACAUGUGUGCAUUUACUGUGCAGUAACUGGAAUUACUGCGCAGUACAGGUGCAUGUCUACACAAUAAAUAUGGUGACCUACACUGACUUGAGCAUAAAUUUGAUACCUACAUGAUGCAGGUAUCAAAUUUACACCCAAUUAGUUACUUCACAGUAAUGCACAUAUAGAUGACUUACUGUGCAGUAACACUGUUUAUUUACUGUGCAGUAACACUGUGAGUGUGGACUGACUUGGGAAUAAAGUUAGUCCCAAGUCAGUCCACACACAGCAUUAAUGUGCUUUAAUGCCUGUACAUGUAGACACUGGCCUAUUCCUGCUUACUGCACAGUAAAUUUAAGCUGGCAUAAAUGCAUGUGUAGACAUGCCUAGUGCAGACAACACUGGUUACUGAACAUUGCUUAUGCAGCUUUCAGUUCUUUGGUAUUAACAGGCAUGAGACUGACUAGCUCCAUUUAUUCUCAAAGUUUCUAACAGCAGCACAAAACUGACUAUAAGAAGCCUUGGAAAAAAAGGGAGCUUGUUAGCAUCAGAGCUGCUAUUAGAAGCCUUGAAAAUGUGGGUGGAUGGCAGCUAUGAUACUGAGUAGUUCCUAUAAUUUUUUCAAGGCUUCUAGUACCAGUCCUUUGACCACUGCUUCCCCUUUACUGUUUCUGACACAGUCAAAUAGAAUACAAUUAUUUAUAAAGUGCACAGUCCCGGUUACAGUUAGCAGUUAGUUUACUGGAGUACAAGUGAGUCAGAAAGUAGCCAUCAGGGGCUUGACAGAUGUUAUGCAUUUAAAUAGUUUAUGUACUUAACCAAUAUGGAGAAAGCCAGUGUUUUUUUAAUAGUAUGUGCAACAAGGAAGAAGUUGGGACAGACAUUUUGUUCUACAGUUAAACAAUUUAUGUACUCAGCUGGUUUGCAGAUAAAUGAUGCACACCAUUUACUGCUUCUUAGUGGAAGAAAAUGCAGAAAGACUGUUUUGUACAUACAGAAAAGUUGAAGACAUACACUCUUGUAAAAGUGAACGCAGAUGGCAGAAAAGUUGCUUUGUAAUUUUGCAAACCAGUGUCCAAAUCGUUGAAAACACUAUUCCCUUCUGAUUCAGUGAAACUGUGUAUGUGUAUGUAGUUAUUCAUAUAUGAAAGUGUUUGCAGGAUUGGAACCCAGAGGUUUUGCUCCUUGGAAGAAUCCCUGUGGUAGAAGAUAAAAAAAACACCAACCUAACUAAAUACUAUCAAGCCAGGACAACACUAAUACACAAGUAGGACACAGAAAUUAUUUGUAUAUACAUAUUAUAGCAGAUUUUGAGGGAUUCAACUUCAUAGCAAGACUAAGAACAGGGAUUCCAGUCUUUCUCAUUUUCAUAGUUUAUUUUUAGGGUGCAUAGGUGCUUUGUAACUGCCUAGAAAAUUGCUUAUUAUAUAUACGGUCCUUCAAACUGUGAUGGUUUACAGUAAACAUAAGCAAACUAAGUGAAAUCAAACAUUUAAAAAUAGUCACAGAAGCUUGCACACUGUUCAUAAACAUACAAAAAGUCAAUUACUGCAUUGCUUCUACAUGUGACCAAAAAAGAAACUGCGGAGAGUAUGAACAGGAAAUAAUAUGGGCUGUAACUUACAGUAGAUGAUGAAAAUGGUGAAAUCCACUAAAAGUCCUUUAAAGGACAUGACACUUUUUUCAGAGUUAAUCUUUAUAACCAAUUCUUGAAAAAUGGUAUUUGAUGUUAUUUUGUAUGUUGCUUUAGGUUUAAACUAAAAACUAGUAACCAUAACAUUUAGAUGGGAAAGAAUACUGCAUUUAUAACAGAUUAUCAUUAAAACAUGUGGGGUGCCUAUACACAAGCAGUGAGGCUUCUCUGAUGCACUGGAGCAUGGCAAUUACUGUGCUACAGCAGCCUUCUAUAUCUCAUAUAUAGCGCCCUCACACUUCAAAAUGGAGGUGGAGGCACUUUAUCUAAAGUCAAUUUGACAAACUUUAGAUAAAGUACCCCUUCCACCAUUUUGAAGCGCAGGGACGCUGAUACAUGAAAGACUCUGGGCACUUUAAUUAGAGUGGCUCUUGGAGCCUCUCUAAUUAAAGUGCCUUCCCCCCACUCCCAGAGCACGUGUAUAAAUGCCCAAGAUUCCCUGAUUCUCUGCCAUGAUCCUGGCAGAAGCGGUAGCAUCCUGGGGGUACUCAUAAUGCAUAUGACCCCUAUUUCAUAUACUGAGUGUUGGGUAAUAAUAUGAAAGGAAACUAAUUUAAUACUUUCUUUUUUAAGUGAUAUAUUUACAAAGAGGCAGCAACUACAGUUACCAGUCAAGCCAUAUUUACACAGACUAGCAUUCUGUUGCUGUCUUCAAAUACUUCCCUCCUGCAGUUCCUGCUCAUCUAUCAGAGUUGCUACUGUCUGGGCUUAUCCACACAAGAUGCUGACUGCACAACAGCCUGAUACUACUGAGUAAUAGCAUCACAUGGCAAAAACUGGGAUGCGAUGCUACUGUGCAGUAGUAUUAGGCUACUGCACAGUAGCAUCACUAAAAAGGUGUUUGCUGGCACUACUGCACAGUAACUCAGAUUACUGCACAUUUAUUACUUGUCUAUACAAGUUCUAAAUAAAUGUACAGUAACUACUGCGCAGCAGCAUCUCAUGUUAGACGCGGCCUCUUAAUCUGGAAUUAUGUCUAGAACUAUCUCAGAUGACCUAUGUACCACUAUAGCAUGAGCUAUUGCCUUUUGCUGUUACUGUGUGUGACUAUUUGAUGUUUGAACCCAGACCUUCUUAGCUGUUCAUGGAGAUCUCAAGUCCUAAAUUCAUUUCCUUCUCAUAGGAAAUAAUUGUGGAUCACCAGUCUACUGGUCCACUUUGCAGGUUGCUGUCUGUAUCUAAUACCUGGAAGGGUUCUUUGAUGUGGUCCAGUGUUGCCUGGCAGGGAUCCCUCCCUAUCAGUUUUGCUUUUUUUCUUAAUCUGUUAUCCACCUUUUACUGAUGUUUCUCUGUAGCUUCCCAAGGAAAGAUGUCUCAGCUCAAAUUCCCAUUUGGCACUGAAUCUUUUGAAUUCUGAUGCAGUGUACCGUUUCUCAUUGUCUGAUCAUAUUGUGUCAGCUAUGGCGUAAGUUGUAAAAUGUAUCUUCAGCUUCCAGAUCACACCCAGAAUGUCUUCAAAAUAGCCCCCAUUCCAGAAAUUGGAAUAUUCAUCUACAGUAACCAUUGUACUUGUCAUUUCAAGUGAAUAGGUUCCUUUCAACCUUUUCUCAGGGUUGUACUGAGAAUUAAUAAGGCUGUAGAGUCUUCUUCUGUUGCCAGUCACCGGACUGUAUACAUUCUGCACUGUUCUAUGUACACUCUCAGUUCUCACCUGGUCAGUAUAUCCAUCGUCCUCAUAUCAGUCUUCCCUCUCUAGACCCAGGCAUGAAAGAUGCAUUUAUUCCAGACCAUCAGCCUGUAAAUCUUGCGAGAUUACCACUUGGUAUUUUAAAAGAAUAUUCUGCCUUGUACACAUGGCUCAUUCCUCACCUGGUAGCAGGGCGCAGGGGGGAGGGUUUUCUGUGGUCCUUCCUGUUUGGAGGAUGAAUUGUUUGACUCCUGUAACAACCCAUCCUGCUCACCCCAUUAUCCUUUGUUCUACUGCAAUGAGAGAUAGAAAGGUUUUAGAGCAUGUUAACAAACUUUAUCUCCUGUUCCACAGAAUCCUUUGUUUUAUAUUGGAAGGUAUGCCCCAUUCAGCAUAGCUGCCACCAACAGUGAUUUUCCUGGGCAAUAUGUCCUCCUAUCAUAGUGCUGGAAUCUCAAUAACAUGUGGUAGUUUGGUUCACUUACCAACAAUAUGUGGUAGUGCUUCAAGACUAGUGUUCUGAUUUUCUUUACUCUUUCAAAUACUUGUUCUUGAUUCUCUGAACAUUCCCAGCUGCAUCAUUGACAAAUCUCUCACAAGAUCUAGAAAGAUACACUGCUGAACUUCCUUCACAACCUUUAGUCUGGACAUUUAAUAGCUCUCAGUUUUUCAAUCUAGCCGCAGCCCCUCAGCAAUUAAUGGAUUCCCAGUUGUAAGGGAGUUCAGUUAUCUUCAGUUUCUCUUCAGUUAUAUGCAUUCAGCUAAAUAUUUUAUUUCCUCCACCGGCUAAGGAAUUGUCACAAGUUAGUAUCAUGGUCCUGAAUUGCCUGUGCCUUGACAUCCCUUUCUCCUACCAGAACAUCAUCAGUUACUAUCUUGAUGCCUGAGAGUCUUCCUACUGUCUAGUUUGGUUUAUACUGGAACACCUUCAGGAUAAGGCUGAUGCCCAUAGCCAUUCCCACCCAAUGGUACCUGCCAAAGUGUGGCAAAGGUUUUUUGGGUGACAGAAUAGCUCAUCUAGUUCAAUAUGCCAGAGCAUAUUCCUAUUGUGGCCUGUAGGUGUUCAUCUCCUUAAAAAAAUGCACUUCAUUUUGCUAUACUGCUAGUUAGAGACCACAGUAACUUUUCUUCCCCAUCCCUGCUGCAUUAAAAAUAUUCUGAUGCUGUUCUGCGAUCAAACCCAUGGCUCUGUUCUACUGCCUGGCAGCUGGCGGUAUUCCUGUGCACCUAUUAUAUAUUCCAGGUAACGAAGUUUCUUGUUUUAUAGAUUUGUUACCAACAACCUGCAUUUGUCCACUAGCCUCAAAAUGGUUUUAUUGUACAUCAUUAGCACUGGGUCACGUUUCUUCACUCUAAUAUUGCUGCUUAUCAAUGUUGCUGGGAUUCCAUUGAAGAUGGCUUUGAUCCAAUAACGUAGUUACAAAUAAGUUAGCUGAAUUACUGGUAAUAUAAUUCUGCAAUGGGUGUACAUUGAGUCUCUGUGACUCUCCUAGAAUGACUCUGCAGACAACUUCAGCAGACAUCUUGACAACUUCAGUUACUGCACUCAAGUAGGGUUUUUUUCCUAAAGGCCCUUGUAUUCAGGCAUAAAGUGGUUUGGUUUCCAACACCCCUUGAACCACUGUCCAGAGAUAAAACAUUUUUUGCUUCUCCUUUUAUAUGUUUUUUCACAGUAUAUACACUGUACAAGGAUGCCGGCAUCCUUGGUUGUUGUAACAGGGAGCCACUUCCCAGCCCAUUACAAGCAGGACCCCGUCUACAACUGGGGUCUCUGCUUUACUCACCCAGGAGCCACACCGGGCUUCUGCAGUUGCUGGCAGUCUCAUCUGGGUAUGGCUGGGAGCUGACCAUGACACCAGAGACAAAGGGGACCCCAAUGUCCCUGCCUGACCUAGCCAGGAGCCGCACCGGGAUCCUACCACCACCACCAGCCAGCUCAUCUGGGAGACAACCCAGAAGUGCCGACAAACCCCAACUUCUGGCAAUCCCCAGCUGCUGGCAACCACGUGACUAUGGAGCAAGAGAUGAUUGGACCAUGAGAAACCCAGUGGAUUUAAAAGUAAGAAGGCUGAGAUGCAUAAACCCCUGGAGAGGGGAGUGCACGGUCUCCUGGAGGAGAGCAUAGCAUCUCUGUGCAGAGGCCCAGAAGACCAGGCAUGCUAUGAACCUGGGUCCCAGCCUAGGGCAAGCCUCAGAUGAUUGGAACGCAUAAAGAGUAAAGAGUAAGCAAUGAAGAAGAGCCAACCACACACCCCUUUAGUGUCAGGCUUGAGACACAGGGGUAAGCAUCUUUAUGCAGGGAGUGACUGCGAGGCCUCUCUGGGAACCUGACUACUGAGCUGAUGGGCAGGUGAUGGUGGUGCCAGCUAAAAGGAUAUUGCCAGGGAAGGUGCAGAUUUGAUAUGGCUGAGGACGGUUGAGAAGAAAUUGAUAAGGCUGUAAAAAGGGAUUGAGUUGAUUGAUUAAAAAAUCCCUCACUCGAGGUCUCCCAGGGACCAAGUGACUGAUUCUGGACUCUUGUAAUGUGCAGCCAGAAACGCGGACCCCUUUUUGUUUUGAUCAAGGGCAUGCUUAGAAAUUAAAGGGGCAUAAACUCAGAGUAAUUGAGCCCUGGGGAACUUGUGACAUGGAAAGGUCUAAACAAGCAUUCAGUGACUGAGCAAACACUGUCCACACUCAGAAGGUCAUAGGUCCAACCUGGCAGGUGUGGUAAGAGCAGGGUGUAAGGGAGGUGGAGCCCUGUGAAGAGGACAUAUCCCCUGUCGAGUGAAUGCUGUUUCCCUUUUUGUUUCAUGAUUCAGCUUCCCUUCAUUUGUUUCCAUCAAGGCAUGGCAGGAGUGUAUAAGGAAGCAGGCAGCAGCUUUCAGAAAGAGAUACAGGAUCCAUCGCACCCUCUGGUAGUCGUAUUCUCUGUAGCGUUUCCUGGCUUCUUUUGGUUUAAGCCUCUGGUUUUAUUCUGUAUCAUUGACUGUCACUGUUUUGAUUUGUUCCAUGGACAGUUCACUAUCCUUGCUAUUUGGAUGCAUUUUUCAAGAGUUUUGUCUCAAUCAACUGCCCAUAAAGCGAAACUGUCUCCCAUAUAUAAUUCUUUUUUUUAAUUAUGUAACUUUUAAUGUCUGCAAGGUUAUAUGUGGGUGCUGCAGUUCUCAGCUCUGUAACGUGAACAUCCAUUCCCUCUUUUUUCUGGUUUUGGGCAGAAAGCAUAAGUAUCUCUCAACAGGCUCAUUCUGCCUGGGGUCACAGUACUCAUCCAACACCUUUAUCUGUUGUUCUACUACUUCAGGCAUUAUUCCAGGAAAAAAAAAAGUCUUACUCUCUUCUCAUCUUUAUUCCCUGAUGAGGUAGUAAUAACAUUUUAUCUUCAUUUUUUUAUCAUUAUCCCCCAAAGUCACUUCUGUGUACACACCGUCCUUGCUUCCACUGCUACUACGCUUGUGCAAGUUUACCGUCUAUAAAUCCAGGAUUUCUGCUGGUCUGAGUCCCUUCAUGCUGCCUGUUUGUUCUUUUUCUAGGUGCUGGUUUUGUUUCCCUUCCUUGGUGUGGGUGUCUGUACAUAAAUUGCUGCCACCCUGUUUCAUGUACCCUGCCCUGGAUAGUAACAUAAGACGACUUAAUGUUUCUAAUAAUAAACAGAACUAUUUAAGGAGACACUCCAACUGCAGCUAGCAUUCUGUUUACAUGAAAAUGAACUAGCUUCCUAAUCAAAAGUCUACUUGAGCCUUGUUGCUUAUCAUGCUGAUGUGGUUAAGACAUAUUGGUUUAUAUAGAUGACGGCACACAAGAGAAUGAAGUAACUAGUGCACAUCCAGCCACCUUUGACUCCACAGCUCAAAUGAUCAGAUACCUAUUUACAACUGAGUUGAUGGAAGACAGCUUUUGGCAUGAAUCCAACUCAGACCCCCUGCACCCAGUGCAGAAUAUCUUAACCUCUCAGCUACUUUAUCUCCUCCCUUUAUGCUGUCCAAAUUCUUUCCUUCUGCUACCUUUGCUUCUUCCUCCAAGGCCACUACCCAUCCCAUAAGAGUAAACAGAGCAUAUUAUAUUUUGAUUGUGUUCCCUUCUUGCCCCAUCCUACAUUCUUAUUGCCAAGACGCUAGGGAAAGUGAUAAAGGAAAUGUUUCUUUCAAAUUAUAUUGUUAUUAUAUUUUUUUUUAUAUUUAAACUCUGUGUCUUUCUACCUUUUUCCCAUCUAUAAUUCAUAAUUUAAAUCACAAUAAUAGCUGAUGCAUCUAGAUCUUUCAAACAUCUGAUAUUAGAUGCACAAUUUCUGCCCACAAUCUCAGUUCUGAAAAAUCUAGGAUUCAGGCAUUGUCUUAACUAAAUCAAAUGAAAAACUGACUAUUGAUUUAAUAUUAUUUGGCUGGGAAGCAUUGAUUGAUUUAACUAAAUUGUUUUACAAACAAUUAAAAAAAAAAAUCAGAGUAACUUCUGUGUGCAGAUUGGGCCCUUGUGUAGUAUGCAGAAAAUAUAAGCCAAAUUAGUUCUUAGCAAGAUGAAUAAUACAAUACAUACUGGGUGUAUCUACACAUGUGCUUUAAUGUGCAGUAGCCUAUUUUACUGUGCAUUAAAGUGUUACAUACAAAAACACAUGAUUAGGCUAGUGUGCAAUAAAAUAGGCUACUAUGCAUUAAACAGCACUUAAAAACCAUGCACAUUCAUUACUGCACAUUAAGGCAGCCUAACGUGCAUUUCUUUAGUACCAUAGGGCACUUUUACACAUGCUCUGGUGGUGGGAGAGGGUGUCACUUUAAUUAGAGCCACUUCAAGAGCUGCUCUAAUUAAAGCACUGCAGUGUCUCAUGUAUCAGUGUCCUCGCAUUUCAAAAUGGCGGUGGGGGGCACUUCAACUACAGCUUGUUCAACAAGCUUUAGUUCAAGUGCCCUGACACUAUUUUGAAGUGCAGAGACACUGAUACAUGAGACAUAGGAGGCUGGCUGGAACACAGUAAUUACCACUCUCAAGCAGACUUGACUAAUCACAGCUCCAGCAGAUUUGAUUAAUUAAUCACAAGUAAUUACAGCGCAUGAGAGCAACCACAACACUUGUAUACAGGCACCCCAACAUUGGAGGUACUAAAUUUAAUGUGAAUUAAAAAAAGUGCCUUAAUGCACAUGUAGAUGCACCCAAUGUGUAUGUAUAUUUAUUUCAUGUUACUGUGUCUGGUUUUUUUUUCUUUCAUGUCAGGUAUUAGUGCACUACUCUAUAAGCAAAUUAACAUGAUGAAACUUAGCCAAAUACUCCCAAAAUGUAAGCCUUAUUUACCACUUCCUAAGCUAAUGUUAUUCUGUUGACUUAAAUGAAUUUCCUCCAACAUGUAGCACUGUAAAUGUGAGACAAAUCAGGCCAAGAAGUCAGUUAUCCAUGCAUUUGGAUACUUCUAUAAGAUAAAAUAAUACUGCACAAUUUGUGGGCCCAAUGUUGCUCACUGAACUCACAUGAAUAGUUUGUUCCCUGGGAAAUAAUCAUAAGCUCUAUUUUCUGUUAUAUUACAUGUAAUUUUUAGAGGUAGGAAGAAUAAAAAACAAGACCUUGCGCAUUUUCCUCAGGUACUUGAGGUAAAAACCACUCCUUGAGUGCGGUAACUAAAAUUGUUGAGAUGUCUUCCGAAGAUAUCAACAGAGCGAUUCUAAAAGAUUCAGAGAGACUUACAGUACACCCGCGGUAGAAGUUAAGAUUUUAAAGUUUACAUCUGUCCUAAACUUUUCCAGAAUGCAGGAAACAGGAAAUGGGUCUGCUUUUAGCCACCGUUUUAGUUGUAAGCUCUAGUUAAGGCUAUAAACAGGCACUGCCAAAUGAAGCAGAUCAGCUGUGCUGGGAUUCACUUCUUUGUGUAAAUGGAGGUUGUCUGUGGUCCCACGGGGUUGGGCUCCUCUGGAACAAGACUCAGGACGUACUGCUGCGAAGGGGGGAACACUGGGUUUCCCUGCUUGCAGAGGUGUGCUGGGGAAUCCAGGGCAAUCUCCAAGGCAUGCAGGAUCAGACCCCCUGAGGUCCCAGGAAAACCAGUCUGGGGUAGCUGGAGAGCAUGGGCAGCUCCAGAUUACCCACAUUCUCCCACCUUAAAACAAAGACAUCUGCCACAAAAUACCAGCACAAAUUAAUACUACCUUUUGUCACGGCCAUAAAUUUGGGCAUUUCUGACAUGACAAAGGGCAUGGAUGUCUGUUUGCUUUUGCUUUGUGACACCAUAAAAACGUUUAUGGCUGUACAGAGGUGAAAUCUGCUUGAAGCCUUGGAAUCACAGAAUCAUAUACAAGUGGGGCUGGAGGGACCUCAGGAGGUCUAAUCCAAGCCCCCGCUGAAGACAGACAUCCCAUCUAAGCUAUUCCAAGCCAGUGUCUGUCCAACCUGCUCUUAAAAGCUUCCAAGGAUGGAGAUUCCACAGCCUCUUUAGGUAAUCCUUUCCAAUGCUCAACCGCACUCAUCAUGAGAAAGUUCUUCCUAAUAUAGCACCUACAUUUCCCAUGUUGCAAUUUAAGACCCAUACUGUCCCCUGCAGCCACAGAAAAUAAUCUAUCAUCAUCCUCUUUUAUAACCAUCCUUCAGGUGCUUAAAAGCUGUUAUCAAACCCUCCCUUCCACAAAUCUUCUCUUCUUCAGACCAGAUAGUCCCAAUUCUUCCAACUUUUUUUUCAUAACUCACAUUUCCUAGACAUGGACUUUGCCUUCCUCUUCAUUUGACAGAAUUUAGUAAAAUACUGUUCUGACUCUAAGGCCUUUGGGCAUUACCACAAUUCAAAUGAAAAGUAACACUAUAUUUCAAGCUAUAAAAUUCAAUUCUGGAUCUAGGUUUCAGAUUCAGGCUUUGGUUUUAGCCAACAUCUCAUAACUACAAACACAUUCAAACACACAUAUCACAUACAUGCACACACACCAUUUUAUUUUUGUGGUUUAACAGUUCCCUUUUUAUUUUUGUGGUUUAACAGUGGAAACCAAGAUCAAGCCGGUAUGAUGGCUUUGCUAAUAUUUUUAUUAUAUUUAGAUUUGGAAUUAGAAGUCUUCAAAACAACAGCAAAAGACUGCUUACCAAGAAUAAUUAGAAAAAAAUGCUCAUCAGUGUUGAUGAACAUAUGGUGAGAAAAAAAAAAUCUGCUAAACCAAACUUCAAUGCUUUUUCUUUUUACUCAAAAUGAAACUAUUUUAGCCUAUAAAUGCAGCUAUGACUUUUCAUAUUCCUAUUUUACUAGGGAAAGAAAGUUAGAAAAUAAAGGUAAUGAGGCAUAAGUAAAAAUAAGAGGGGACAAUAUAUUUUGUUGCUUUUGUUUUCCUGUUCAAGAAUUCAAGUUCUUAAAAAGUUACGGCUAUUCAGUGUUAAAGGCCGGUACUACUUUGCCAAUACUAGUUUACAGAGGUCACGUCUGAGAACCAUGUCCAGGACUUUGUAACUCUGGCAUACCCAUAUCUCUGCUUCAGUUUUACAUCUGUAAAAAUAGGCUAAUAAUACUUACUUGCUGUAUUUCA